AUGAGAUUAGACCAUCGUCUUCUUCGUGCAAGAUUCUAUUUCUCGCGGAAAGGUGAAAAAGCCGCUAAAUUCCAAAACCGAAGUCCUAGAACCACAGCAAACUGGGAAUUCUUUAAUUUAUUAGUCGGCUAUUGGGAAGGUGCCGUUGUCGAUAAUAUCGACGAGGAAUACGAUCGGCUCAUUCAACAUCUUCACGUUAGCGCUGUGAAAGCUGAGAGUUCGACAAGCACCAAGAGACGUUUGUCUCCAGAAACACUCGAGCUGAUAUGCCAUCGUGGAAUCGCACGAGCUGCAGGAAAUCGCGAACUAACGUCUGAAAUUGGAAAACAAUGCCGAUAG